GAGGAAGAGCUGGGCUUGCUUACAGAGCUAGUGGCAUGCUGUGGGUCUUGUAUCUUCACUGAUCUUUGCUUCCCUGAGAGAGGCACAGCUGAGAACUUCUGGAGUUCCUGUCGGUCCUUCCUGCUGACCUGUGUGGAGGCUGAGGCCUGAUAGUCUCUGCUAGAUAUUGCCACCAUUGCAGAUUCGUGUUUGCUAUCCUGAUUCUGGUGAACUGGACUGCUGGUGUAUCCAUGGAGUGUUUGUGAGUGAAUCAAGCUGCCACUGCUGAACUGCUAAUUUCCAGACAACACAGACAGGAGUUGCUCCAAAGAACCUUUUCAAACAGGUCAACUCCUCACCCCCACACUGGUAUCCUUUCUUUCCCAUUACCUCUGGUGAUAUAUCCUCAGCAUUCCAAACUUACUGAUAAAGAAAAAACCAAUAUUUGCUACUUGUCUUUUCCAGACUCAAAUUCAGGUUGUCUUGGAGAUACCCAGUUUUGUUUUAGAUUCCGACAGUCUUCUGGGAGAAGGGUGUCACUACACUGUCUUCUUGAUGAAUUUGACAAAGAUUUACCAGUUUACUUAAAGAAAGAUCCUGCAUAUUUUUAUGGAUAUGUGUAUUUUCGACAAGUUCGAGAUAAAACUCUUAAAAGAGGCUACUUUCAAAAGUCAUUGGUUUUGAUCAGCAAACUACCUUAUAUUCAUUUUUUUCACACCGUACUCAAACAGAUAGCACCAGAGUAUUUUGAAAAAAAUGAACCUUACUUGGAAGCAGCUUGUAAUGAUGUUGACCGAUGGCCUGCCCCAGUGCCAGGGAAAACGCUGCACCUGCCUAUCAUGGGACUAGUAAUGAAGGUUCGGAUUCCCACGUGUCAUGACAAGCCUGGGACCACGCAGAUGGUGCAGUUAACUCAGCAGGCAGAUACACACACAUCUAUUAUUUUGCCUACUGUUCACGAGGUGGAUCUUUUCAGGUGUUUCUGCCCAGUUUUUCUUCACAGUCAGAUGCUCUGGGAGUUGGUGCUCUUGGGAGAGCCCCUGGUGGUCAUGGCGCCAUCGCCGUCAGAAUCUUCAGAAACUGUACUGGCUCUUGUUAACUGUAUCUCUCCAUUAAAGUACUUUAGUGAUUUUCGGCCUUACUUCACGAUUCAUGAUAGUGAAUUCAAAGAAUAUACUACCCGUACUCAAGCUCCGCCCUCAGUCAUCUUAGGAGUAACCAACCCCUUUUUUGCUAAAACACUACAGCACUGGCCACACAUUAUUCGAAUAGGAGAUCUUAAACCUGCAGGUGAAAUUCCUAAGCAAGUUAAAGUGAAAAAGCUGAAGAACCUAAAAACUCUGGAUUCUAAACCUGGAGUUUAUACUUCUUACAAGCCAUAUCUAAACAGAGAUGAGGAGAUCAUAAAACAACUUCAGAAGGGUAUACAGCAGAAGCGUCCUUCUGAGGCCCAAAGUGUUAUUCUCCGGCGCUAUUUUUUGGAACUAACACAAAGUUUCAUCAUUCCAUUAGAAAGAUAUGUGGCAAGCUUGAUGCCUUUGCAGAAAAGUAUUUCUCCUUGGAAGAGUCCACCCCAGUUACGGCAGUUCCUUCCAGAAGAAUUUAUGAAAACACUUGAAAAAACAGGGCCUCAGCUCACCUCUGGAAUAAAGGGCGACUGGAUUGGACUUUACCGGCAGUUUCUAAAGUCUCCAAAUUUUGAUGGCUGGUUCAAGACCCGGCGGAAAGAAAUGACUCAAAAAUUGGAGGCACUUCAUCUAGAAGCUCUUUGUGAAGAGGACCUCCUUCUCUGGAUCCAGAAACACACAGAAGUAGAAACAGUGGACCUUGUGUUGAAGCUGAAAAAUAAGUUGUUGCAGGCUGGCCGAGAGAGCUUACCUGUGAAGCCUGACACUGUGGAGAAGUUACGGACACAUAUAGAUGCAAUUAUCCUGGCCUUACCAGACGACCUGCAAGGCAUACUGCUCAAGACCGGCAUGACAUAACACUUGUCAGGUUUUCCAGCCAGAAAGGACUGUGAAGCAGGAAGCAUACUGACAUUCAUCUAGACGCACACUGAGCAAGCUCAGGGGCACAGCACGGAAAUAAGCAGCAAUUGCUAGAUACAGCUGGAAAGGCUGAGCGGACACACAGACAUUUGUAGUGCGUUCUGUGGUGGUUCCACAAUGCUGAAAUACCGAAAGACAUUUCCAUAUUUUUAAUCACGUUCUAAAGUGCUCUUAUGAGAGACCUAUGGGGCCAUCAGUGUAAGUGACUCCAAACUGCAGUGCCGGCAUUGCAGAUAUUUUUUUAAAUUGGUGCUGCUUUGCCCAAUCAUGUUGAACUCAGGGGAAUAGAAGAAUAAUGUUCACACUGGCUGUCUUCUUAAGAAGGAAAAACUGAACUUUCCAACUAUAGUUAGAUAUAACUGAGGCUUAUGUAGUGCCUUCCAUUGUCCUAUAUGUUUCACAGGGUCCAGCUGCUAAUUGUAAGGCUUUUUCUUUUUUAAUUAUGAUACAUAAUUUCAAAGGCAUUAUGUCAAGUAAUCACUUGCCCAAAAGUAUUUCUUGUUGCCCCUCAUGUUUAUUGCCUGUUGUUUUAAAUUAUCAUGUAGGUUUUCAUGUCACAACUCUCUACCAUUUUCACAACUUAGGUGUGUCUCCGAGGAAGGAGGCACAUGCAGUUCUGGCUAUGGAAGAGCUGAUUUCUCCUCUCUCUUUUACUCACUGGCCUGCAUACACUAGGUAGCUUGAAUGUCUUUUGAAGACAUUCUCACAAUGAACAUCAUAGUUGUUUUUUAAAAGAAUAUUUUUAUGUCAAAGAUAAGCCAUUCAUGUAAUAAUUAUUUGAGAGUUUUACAUUUACCUUUUAACGUUAUUUGUUGGGUGACACUAUUUCCCCUAGUGGAUGAUUUUUAGAAGACUUUUCCUGUUGUUGUUUGACAUGGGACCUUUUGUGUAAAUCAGCAUUACACUUUUGUUUGUUUGUUUUCAUUUUGUUUGUACUACCUUGCCAAAAGUAGAAUGAGAUAGUUUGGUUUCAGAUGGGAGUGUUGCAGAAGCCACUGUUCAGAUAGGCACACACAAAGCAGCACAUGUGUAAAUAGCUGUGACUUAAGUACCUGCCCUUCUGAGCAGCCACACGGUGGCUUCAGAAGCCAUCUCUUAUUCUUUUGCUGUUAUUUUCAAGGGCAUUCCUGAUCCAAGAAGGUUUCUCUGUGUGUGUGACUGUGGUCUCAUAUCUAGGGUGCCCCUUCCUUACUCAUGGAUACAGUCUCUUGAAGCAUACCACUGUCCUAGGAAGAAUAUGGCAUUUGAAUGAAAUCAUUUGUCUGGAUUGAUUGAUUGAAAAUUUAUUUUGUGAAACAAUACUGACCUUUCAGAAAAGGGGCAACUACUUUUAUAUGCUAAAGUACUUCAUAACUUUCUGGGAAACUUUAUUUAGGUAGAAAUGGUCAUCUUAUUAUUUUUCAAAAAAAUGUAUUUUAAUAAUUUCACAAUUUAUAUACAGUUUGUGACAUGAAUAUGAAAGUCAUUAGUAUUAUAUCAAGGAUUUUUGAAAUAUACUUCUACAGGAUAUAUCAUUUGAAGUUUAUUUUGCACACCUAAAGAAAAACAUGAAAUAUCAAUUAGCAUGAUAAUGCUGUCUUUAUGUUUACCACAUAUAACAGAAACUCAACACAUGGUGAAAACCAAAUCAUAUUCACCUACUUUAUCUCUUAAUUUCAAAUUAUGCAUUGGAAACCCAAGGAAGACUGAAUGGUUAACUUAAAUUUUUAUGUCAGUUUUAGAAUUUCAGAAUUGUCUCUUUCAUUGUUUUUGUUUUUUGUUUUUUUUUUUUUUCGAGACAGGGUUUCUCUGUGUAGCCCUGGCUGUCCUGCAACUCACUCUGUAGACCAGGCUGGCCUCCAACUCAGAAAUCCACCUGCCUCUGCCUCCCGAGUGCUGGGAUUAAAGGCGUGUGCUACCACCGCUAGGCUCUUUCAUUGUUUUUAAGGAGUUUAGUAUUCAAACCCUGCGGUUUGUUUAAUGUGUUAUCUCCACCAGCAUUAGAAGGAAUCAGUGCUUAGGGUGUUCUGUAAUGCCUAGUGCCUUCUCUUUACAGUGGAAAAGAGGGUUUGUGGAGGCAUUUAUGGUCAUUACCCAAAGCUUGAAUUAAAGGCCUUGGAUUUUAAAAAACUUAGGUAGCUUGUGUUAUGUGUCUUCUUUUUUGGUUGGUUUUGUUUUGGAGACAAGCUUUCGUGUAUCCUGGACUGGCUUCACACUCCAUGUGUAGCCAUGGAUGAUCUUGAACGUCUGCUUUUCCUGCUUCUACCGCCUCAGCGUGGAGAUUGCUGGCCUGUUCCACCAUGCCUAGUUCAGUGCUGAGGCCUGAGCCCAAGGAUCCAUGCAUCUAGGCUAGCACUCUGCCAACUGAGCUACGUGCCCAGCCCUAACUUGGAUUUCUUAUAUUUGCAAUACUUGGAGAAACAUACAUAAUGAAACUUGUACAUUAUUAAAAUAUUUUAUUUCUAGAUAGUUUUUUUCCAAAUGAAAUGAAAAUCCAAACCUUUUUGUGUGUAUUUUAUUAUAAACAGGUGAAAUGAUGAGAUCCUAGCCAGACGCCGGUGGUGUACACCUUUAAUCCCAGUGCUCAGAAGGCAGAGACAGUGAAGUGAAAUGAAGUGUACUGAGGUUUAAAGCGGUUUAGAUGUGGUACUCAUUAUGGGUAUUUGUGUUUGAGUUUACUUGUUUUUGAGGCAGGGUGUCUUUAUGUAGCUCUCAACAUUCUGAAACUCACUAAUGUCUGGACUGGUUUUGAGCUCACAGAGAUUCCAUGUCUCUCCCUUCCUAGUGCUGUGAUUAAAGGCAAGUGUCACCAUGCCCAGCAUAAUGGAUGGAUGGGCACUUGUAUGGGUGCACAAAAAAUCAACUUUGAGUGCUGUUCCUCAGGAACCAUACUUUGGUGUUUUGGUUUGUUUUUUUGAGACAGAGUUUCUCACUGACCUGGCUAGCUAAAGACUCUAAAAAUUCCACACUGAUGCCUACAGGAGAAAAGGUAGGUGGGUAAGACUCUUCACUGAGGCAGAGAUACUUUUCUACUACUGAGGAUAAGUAAUGUUCAGAAGAUGUAGCUUUUCAGAAGAUGAGUAAUGAAGUAACGUAAGAAAAUGAGAUUAGUGAUACAGUUUACAAAGCCAAAGGGAAAGCAAGGGCAAAAAUUCCACUGUUUGUACAGCAAUUAGUAGACCAUGUCGCCUGUAGUCUCUGAACAGUGAGUGAUAUAUGUUACAUUGAGAUUAAGUUUUAUUUAUUUGCAAUACUUGAAUUUGAUCAGAGAGCCUCAUGCACAGUAGGCAAGUUACCACUAGGCAAAGUAAGAGGAUUCAAUGGAAUACUGUAUGUUCAGUGCAAUGUCUGUCUUUGUAAUCCUUCAUAACCACUUAUCACUGCUAGAUAUUAGUACUAUAGAAUAUAUCCUCUCAAAUGUUUGAAUGUUAAGAAAUAUGCAGUUCCCUUUUGGUUUUUGCUAAGUAGCCAAGUGUAGUCUUGAACUCACAAUCCUCCUAUCCCAGACUCCAGAGUAGUACAACUUCAGACAUGUACCACUGUCCCCAGUUAUUUUUUAAAUGAGCUUGAAGUGUAGAAAUACCUACAGCAUUAAACCCAAAAGGACUAUAUAUACAACAUUUGUAAGCAAAGGGAUGUCAUUAAGAAUGAUUGGUUAGCCGGGCGUGGUGUCGCAUGCCUUUAAUCCUAGCACUCGGGAAGCAGAGGCAGGCGGAUUUCUGAGUUGGAGGCCAGCCUGGUCUACAAAGUGAGUUCCAGGACAGCCAGGGCUAUACAGAGAAACCCUGUCUCGAAAAAACCAAAAAAAAAAAAAAAAGAAGGAUUGGUUAGAGAUAGGUGUGUAAUCCAGCAACUGAGAAGCUGAAGCAAGAGGAACUUGAGUUCAAGCUCUGGGCUAUAAAGUUAGAUGCUAUUAGAAAGAGCCAGGUGCUGGAGAGAGAAUUCAGUGGGUGAGAGGACUUGCUGUACAAUCACUGGGGCCCACGUUGGUUCCUAGCAUCCUUGUAAGAAUUUAAAGUUACAUGCACCUGUAACCCUAGAACUGUCGGAACGGGCAAGAGAACGACUGGGGCGUUCUGGGGUACCAACGUAGCUUCAGUUUUAGUGAGAGACCCUUUCUCAGGGGAGUAAUGGGAAGAAUGACAGGAUACCUGAUGUCUUUUUCUGGCCUUUAAAUGUGUAUGAUGCACAUGGCAUAUAAACCACAAACAUACAGCACAUACAUAAGCUUACAUAUAUGCAGGUAAACAUACAAGACAUACAUAAGCUUACAUAUAUGCAGGUAAAAAGUAGGGGGAGGGGAGAUGGGCGUGAGGAAUGAACUGGUGUGUUGAGAAUUUGGACAAUGUUACCAUGUCUACCUCAAGUUGUUAGGAUGAAUGAGAUAUAGGAAAUGAAGUAUAGAAUUGGCCUGGAUAAACAGUAGCAAUCCCCCCCCCCCAGGGUUCAGUUUCCUUACUUCUCAAGUAACAAGUCAUUGUGCAUAGUGGCUACAUAAUAUUUAUCAUCAGAAGAAAUAGGUUACUAUCCUAAUUCCAUUUCCCUUACAACUUGAGCUACGUGUGUGGUUCAAUCUCUCUGAUCCUGAAUAACCUUAUCUGUAUAAUACAUUCCAGCAGGCUAGAUGUAACCUGUGGCCGCUGGCAGCUACAGUUACUAUUGUUUUGUGAUCAGUUGCCUACUUGAUAUAUAGCAUAUUCUUAAUUAAAAGUCUAAAAAUA